AUGGCUUUCUAUUUUUGGUGGAAAUCUCGAUGGGGUGUCGUCACCAAGCUGUCUCCCGCUGCAGAUUGCCUCCACCUACAACUCUACCGCGACCCCAAGGACCGUUACAAGAAGGGGCAGACGAAAGCUUCCCUCUCGCUCCAACACUUCCUCGGCUUUGAGUCAGGAUUCACCCUCGACAAGGAGUCCAAUACCAUCGCGAUAAUCUGUCAAGAUGUCACUGUGGUACUUGCUUUCGAGACCAGAGAGAGACUAAUAGCCUGGCAAGUUAAAGUGGGGGGUCAGCUGGGGUCUUCUAAGGAGUACCUGGUGAUGAUUGGAGGAGGUGGUUCCAGGAAACUGCCCGCAGGACCCGCGAGAUUACAUAUUCAAGGAAGAAGAUUUGCUCUAACCAGCGGGGUACCUCCACGCCUGCUUGGGUUGUGGGAGCUAGCUCAUUUAAGGCGUUACGGCGUAGUGGAGGGCCGAUUCUGCUUCGAAGGAGGCUCUCAUUGCGGGAAAGGCGAGGGUCUACACAUGCUCAUCACUGACCAGGCUCAAGAUAUCGCAGAUUCCUUUGAUCAAGCUGCUCAAGGGAAACUCCAACAAAAAACAGGACCUCAGAGGACUGCAGAUCGUGGGACAAAAUCUCGACCGAACACAAGACUAUCAGAUUUUAACGCGACUGAUCAGAGUUUAUUAGACACUGCUAGUGCGCUCUAUGAAGAAAACUACUUUGGCGAGGAUUGUGGAGAAAUAUCGCCUUUUUGGCCAUCAGCGGAAAGACGAGGAUUCGAUGAAGCAGAAUAUAGACCCGAAACGGAAAUGAGCGUGAAACCACCAUGGAGUGGUGCAGAUCACGUGACAUUGGAGAGAUGUAACAAUUGUUUGACUAAGCUUGGAGGUUUGACUCGGUCUUCAACAGUAGCUCUGAAUACAGGAGGUCAUUUUAAUCCAGAGUGGACUAUGGAAGCAGUUCCUGAAAGUAGUUCAGAUAAUUCGUCUAACAGCACAGAAUUUUGCAAACCCAACCCAAUGAGAAGGAAUCAAGACACGUGUCAAUGUAAAGAUCAACCCCCACAAAGGCCCCCAAAACCUGUACAGUAUGAUAAAAAGAAGCCACCAGCUCCAUUGCCUCAUCAGGGUUGUAACUGUAGCUCAAAUGACAACUUUAAUCCCAACACGAAUCCAAAAGUAGGCCCUUAUGAAAAUUAUGACGUUCCCAAAGUUACACAUAGUGAGGUAGUGGAUAAUGCAGAAUACUAUGACACACCAAAAAGGAUUAAAAAAGCCCUAGCUGACGAUCUUUUUCAGGUCACCAAACCGUCUUUACCAGGUUCACUAGUAUUAAAGAAAAAAUGUGGUUGUAUAUUAAAAUUUGGGUCAAAAAAGAAACCAGUAAUUGUAGAAAGCGAUGAAAGUUUACAGCCAGUUGACUGCCCCUGCCAAAAAGUUACGAAUUGGGCAAAUACAUUAAUUAGUCUACCCUAUUGUAAAAGAAGCACAAGCGCCGAAAGGCCAAAUACGGAUCAUUUUAAUACUACUAGAACUGAUGACACUGCUAUUUACGCUACUGUAGAUGUUUCUAGAAAAACGAACAGGCAAAGUACUGUUUCCGAGCAAGACAAAUACCAAGACGAAGCCAGUGCUACUGUAUUUACUAAUUAUCAAAAUGUGGAUAUAAAAGAAGAUAAAGGGUUUGAGGGUCCGUAUGCUAAUUACGAAAAUCUUGAAUUCGCGUUAUCAUUGGAGUAUUAUGAAAAUGCAAAAGAUUUACUAAAGAAAGCAGGAGUCACGCAAAUUGAGUUGGAUGCUCUUAGUGCUAAUAUAGAUAUAGCGACGGCAACUUUACCACCGAAACCUAAGAUAUGUUUAAAAUGUAAUCAUUGUAAGUCAUUACCAGGAAACGAGUUGCAUGGUAAAACUGAUGAAUAUUUAUUAAUGGAACCACCGAAUGAUGUGAGGCGAAAUAUAGUAAAUCGGACUGUCGGCGCAAAUCCUGGUUAUACACCUAUGUCCCCAAAUCCUAAUUGGUCACAAAGUUUAAAGCAUCCAAUAUCAAAAGUUCAUAGAGCGGAAAUAGAAAAAUCGUUAAGUAUACCUACAUUAAAUGGUAGUGGUUGUCAUACUUUUGACGUUUCUCCUAAUGUAAAUAAGGAAACCAUGCAAAAACGAUCAAGUUCAGUAGACUCAGCUAGACUUUUGGAAGAUUUGAAGGAAUUCGAUAGUAGCAUAGGCAGUCAUGCUACGACCUCAUCGAUGGAAACGUUAAGAAACUUGGCUUUAGAGAACAGACUCGCUUCUCCUUGCGAUAAUGACCGAGAAUGUUACGAGUGCUGUAAAUCUUCUGGAUCAGAAAACAAAACAUCUGAAGAGAGUUUUUCUAAAGAUAUACCACACUUACGAAAUAAGCACAUGGAUAAUGCUGCUAUUAAAAGAUCAUCAAGUGUUCCUUGCAAGGGCGGUAAUCGUGAUUCAUCUAGCUCUAAUGACUCAGGUGUAUCAAGUUGCUCUCUGAAACAUGGGGUUGGUGAAUUCCAAGAGUUUGAAAUGCCUCUUACGUCAGGAAGUUCCAGAUAUCAAUACAUGGUACAUAGGAGAAUGCGAGGGAAUCUAUCUGGAUCUAUUCAUUCUUCACUACCUCGGAAAUCCAAAUCAUCGGAUCCUUUGCGAGACCAACCGAUGCAGUUACAUAAGAGUCAUGGUUCUGCUAAAUCAUCAUCGGCUGAAGCAGAAGUUCCGGUGCUACCGCCAAAGCAGUUCAAAGGUGUUUUAGAUACGCACAGCACAUCGAGUGGGACCUCGGAUAUGUCCGAUUACAUUGAGACUCUUUCUCUGACUUCUUCACACUCUUCAUCGGACAACCAAAGUGGAUUAAGGAUUAGUCGCCAACCAACGAACACGCUUCGACCUCGUUCCGGCAAGGAGUACCACAACCUGGAUCCAAUCAUCACUUCUAUGUACAAGAAAGGGACAAAUAUUGGAAAUUAUACCAAUUUACAGUCGAGGCGUUACUAGGCGCGUGAGCUAAGAGCGAGCGCGCUAAGAAAGCCGAGAUUGUAUCAAGAAUUGUACCUUCCGACGAUUUUCUUCACUUUCCGAGGAAUAAAACAGCUUAAACUGUAA